AUGGCCUCCAAAGAAAUGAAUCCUAAAGCCUUUCCCUUGGCUAAUGCUGAUUUGACCAAUCAAAUACUUGAUCUCGUUCAACAAGCUUUACAUUAUAAACAAUUAAAAAAAGGAGCUAACGAAGCCACUAAAACGCUUAAUCGCGGAAUUUCUGAAUUUAUCGUGAUGACGGCUGAUACGGAACCAAUUGAAAUAGUAUUGCAUUUGCCAUUAUUAUGUGAAGAUAAGAAUGUGCCUUACGUCUUUAUUCCUUCUAAAACCGCCUUGGGUCGUGCUUGUGGUGUUUCUCGCGCAGUCAUAGCUGCUUCAAUCAUUAGCAACGAAGCAUCAGAACUUAGACCUCAAAUUCAGGCGAUUAAAUCGCAGAUCGAACGAUUACUAAUAUGA